AAAAGUGGUUUAAGCAAUUUCAAGUCUUAUUUUUUUUACUAUAUAAAGAAUUGAGCCGUAUUUCCCUUUACAGUCCCCAGAUACUUUUAUUUCAUGGUUGAUUAGUUCUGAGUUUCACAUAAAAUCGAUGAUGAAUUUAGUAACUCCACAUGCGACGUUAAAAGGCAGACGUACGAAAAUGGCAGAGGGAAGAAAAGUAAAAGUACACCCUGUCGUACUAUUUUCGAUCAUAGACAGCUUUGAACGACGAAAGGAGGAUGCCAAACGUGUGAUUGGGACAUUGCUGGGCACCGUGGAUGCCAAUGCAGUGACAAUUACAAAUACCUUCUGUGUUCCACAUACCGAGUCUGAUGAUGAAGUUGCAUUUGAUAUGGAGUUUGCACGAAAUAUGUAUGAUUUGCAUAGGAAAGUCAACCCAACUGAAGUAAUUGUUGGAUGGUAUGCUACCGGCAAAGAUAUUACUGAACACUCCGUCCUGAUACACGAGUAUUACAGUAGAGAGAGCAAGUGUCCUGUGCAUUUGACUGUUAACACAGAUUUAAGACCUGGUGCUGAAAUUGACUUCAAGGCAUUUAUAAGCAAACCCAUUGGAGUUCCUGGUAAAACUCAAGGAAUGAUGUUCUCUCCUGUCCCAUCUCAUGUUGAAUACUACAAUGCUGAGAGGGUCGCUGUUGACAGGAUAAAACUGGGAGCCAACAACCGUGCUGGUGUUGUUUCACUUCCAACAGAUUUUGAAAAUGUUCUUAACGCCACAAGUACAUUGUCAACCAUGCUAGAUGCAGUUCUUCAGCAUGUAAAUAAUGUUCUGGCGGGAAAUGCACCAAUGGAUCCAAAAAUAGGUCGAUAUUUGAUGGACCUUGUUUGUACUGUACCUCAUAUGGAGGAGGAUGAAUUCGAUACGAUGUUAAACAACAAUAUAAAUGACCUUUUAAUGGUAAGGUACCUUACCAAUGUUGUCAAAUCGCAAGUGGCCCUAAAUGAGAAGUUGGUGAACACAACCGUUAUUCAACCUACGUGAAGUGCAUUUCUUCAAUUAUUUCGUGUUUUCAAAGUGGUGAUUUAUACAAAGGAUAACAGAAACAUAGAAUGAAUGUAACAUCUUAUUAGGCACAGUGAAGCAUUAAGAUUUGAUUGCUUCUGUGUAAAUAAUGUGCUUAGAGACUGCUAUGUGCGUAUUUAAAGACUCUUCUUAAUGAAUAAAUCACAGAUAUUUCCAG